GGGGGGGGGUGUCAGUGGAUCGAUCCUGGUCGAUGGAGGCAGCAGGAGGGGGGGGGGUGUCAGUGGAUCUCGGCUCCCCCCACCACCCCGCCCGCUCUGGCGGUGACUUCCCCGCCGCGCGAAGGGCAGGCGGCUUCCAGCGAAGAUCGUCGUUCCAUGGUGGGCAGGAAGGACGCGAUCUCAAAAAUCUCAAGCGUCACCCCCUCCCCGAGCGAUGUCUGCCAUGCCGCUCCCCGCCUCCGCGGCGUCUCUCCUCGCCAGCCUGGGCUGCGGCUUCGCACUCGCGUGGUUCCUGCGAGGUCGCUUGGCCACCGCCCCUGCCCACGGUCCUCCGGCAGACCACGCCGGCCAGGCACACGGUCACGAGGGGGGCGGCAGCAGCAGCGACGACGGCUACGACAAGGAUGACGACUUCGACGGCGGGGACGACGCGGACGACGUGGACAGCGACGGCAACAGCGUCGGCGAUGACACAGGAAGCGACGACGACGCUGACGACGCCGACGAGCACAAGAUGGUGCUGGUCGUGCGCGCCGACCUCAAGAUGGGCAAGGGCAAGGCGGCGGCUCAGUGCGCGCACGCCGCCGUGGCCGCGUACCGGCUGGCGGCGGCGCGCCAGCCGGGCGCGCUGAGACGCUGGCGCCGCGGCGGGCAGGCCAAGAUCGUGACGCGCGUGGAAGACGAGGCGGCGCUGCUGGAGCUGCAGGAGAGGGCGCGCGCGCUGGGGCUCGGGGCGCCCCUGGUGUGCGACGCCGGGCGCACGCAGGUGGCCGCCGGGUCGUGCACAGUGCUGGCCGUGGGGCCCGGCCCCGUGCGCGCGGUGGGCGAGGUGACGGGGCACCUCAAACUGUACUGAGCACCGGCUCUCUCUCGCUCUCCUACGGCCUUCCCUCUGCAAUGCACUCAUCCCACCAACUCUGCUCCCCCCUCCACCGCAACCCUUAGCUCUGAAUUGUUUUCGGUUUGUACCGCGUGUUAUUUGGCAUGAUGUUUGACAAUUUAGCCCACGUGCUGGGGCUUCUCGAGAUCUUCCUACCUUCUGGUCGUGAAGAGGUUCCCAGCAGAUAUGUAGUGAAACGUAGGACAUAAUGCCGAACCCCACGGUUACAGCCUGAAAGCACAUCAGAGCUAUACGGCACAACUAUGAAAAACCCACGGUCCCCAAACCUUAGUCGCCUUUCUCCAAGUCAUGGUGAGUGGUGCACAUCACCUUUGGCAGCCGUGAAACUGGUGAGAAUUCUGCAUUCCAGUGGUGCUGGGCUAUGUGGUGGGCAGCAGAGGGCAGUGUGCAGCUAAAUAUAUUGUAGUUUUGUACCCCCUCUGUGCCCCCUGCCUACGCCUUCAACCCACACAGAGCAGCGUUAUGGAGUAUGGUCAAAUAACCCCCACACGCUGUUGGAAGGCCUUAAUCCAGCAGUGGAAACCGUUCAUACACAAAUGGUAUAACGAGUGAUACUGGCAAUGUUCAAGACUGGAUCAUAUGUUGUGCUAUAGCAAUAUAGUUAUCAGUAUUUUCGGUAUCACCUUGAUACUGGGAGUCUUGAUAAACGUUAUUUUGCUAUUUCCCUUUGCAAAUGUAUUGCUCAUGGAGCAAUAUCUAUUUCAUGACUUUCAUUACCAAGGUAUUUCCUGUAAUGUGCGAUACACUGGUAGAAUAAUUUCCCAGCUGUUGUGAUUCAGGAAUGGGUAUGAAAUGUUAAGGUAUCAGAUAUACGGUGAAUAUUAAAUACAAGGCCUCUACUGCCAAGCACUGCUUUCACUUAACGCCGGAGACCAAUAUUCAGUGGAAAUCAGCCAAGUUCACAAAACGCAUCCAAUGGUUUCCUAAAAAUGUUGAAGCUUAUUGCAUCCGUUACUCUUUAAUAGUACAAUAGAAGCUCAAAUAAACUGUUUACAAACAA